AUGAUUCUACUACAACUACUUCUAUCUCUAACGUUGCUCUCGCGGUCCAUCGCGGCAGUCAUCCCGCGAAACGGCCAACGCAUUCUUAAUCCUACCGCCGACGAUCUUAACAAGAUCUUCACUUUCUCCAACGACUUCCCCCCACCGAACAGCGGCAACCUACAAGUCCACGACCCCAACAUCAUCGAGGAAAAGAACACCCUCCACCUAUUCAAAGGAGGGAUCCACAUCCCCUACUGGAAGGCCUCGAGCAUCUCGGGACCAUGGACACAAGUCGGUACGGUAUUGAGCAAAGCCAGCGUGAUCAACAAAAAGAACAACAAUCGGCCCUGGGCGCCAACCGUCACAAAAUACAAAGGCACAUUCCACUGCUUCUACGCCAUCAGCCAGAGCGGCAGCCAGGAUAGUGCCAUCGGGUAUGCGUCUACCUCCGACCUGGAAAAGGAGUGGACGGACCACGGCGCACUGAUCAACACCGGUUCCGGGGAACGUUCCCAGAUCGCACCGUACAAGAACACGAAUGCCAUUGAUCCUGCGUUUCAGGUUGAUGGGAAGAGCGGACAGCCGUAUCUCAUCUACGGGAGCUACUGGGAUGAUAUCUAUAGCCUGCCGUUGCAGGUGGACAAGGACGGCAAGCUGUCCAUUAAGAAUGAAAACAAACCGGACGCAACGCACCUGACCUCUAUGCCUGGGAACUGGAGACCGCAAGAGGGAUCGUACAUGUCGUAUCAUGAGCCGUACUACUAUCUCUGGUUUAGUCAGGGGAUCUGUUGCCAGAUGAUCGAUAAAGGGUUUCCGCUCAAGGGGGAGGAAUAUCGUAUCCGAGUCGGCCGGUCAAAGAGCAUAACCGGUCCGUUUGUGGAUAAAUCAGGCAAGAAGCUUCUCGACGGGUAUGGAGAGAAGAUUUACGGGUCGAACAACGGGAACGUCUACGCGCCGGGUGGUGUGGGCGUGUUACCGGGCAAUGGCCAGCGAGGAGAUAUCCUCUACCAUCACUUUUUCAACGGCUCUAUAGGCUUUAAAGAAAGUGAUACCCAACUGGGCUGGCAUUAUCUCGAGUACAAGGAUGGAUGGCCUGUCGUCAAGUGA